GAAAUUUCUAGUGGAAGAAAAACCAUUAAAAGAAGAAUUAUAGUUCUGAUGUAAAAAUUGUCCACAAAUGUGCAAAGCUGGAGACUCAAAUCAAACGAAAUAAAGUUGUUUAGUGAGUGACACUGCUCGCAUCUUCAACAACAUUCCGUUCCAUCUGCUUUUCUCCGAUUCAUGAAGUCUCCCAAACAUUCGCUCGAAUUAUUCGAUCGUCAACCGAAGGCCGUUGUUGUCCAGCCUUCCUCCCCGAGAUUCCCGUUAUCUUCCACCGCUUCUCACAGAAAAGUCGGAAUCGCUGUCGAUCUAAGCGACGAGAGCGCUUUUGCUGUCAAGUGGGCCGUACAGAACUAUCUACGUCCAGAUGACAACGUCAUCCUCCUCCACGUGCGUCCCACCAGCGUCCUCUACGGUGCCGAUUGGGGCGCGAUCGACCUUUCCUUGGAAUUGACGGACUCCGAAGAGUCGCAACAGAAGCUGGAAGACGAUUUCGACUUGUUCACGAAUACCAAAGCUAACGAUCUGGCGCAGCCAUUAGUGGAGGCGCAAAUUCCGUUUAAGAUCCACAUAGUCAAGGACCAUGACAUGAAGGAGAGACUGUGUUUGGAGGUGGAGCGGUUAGGGCUGAGUGCAGUGGUCAUGGGAAGCAGAGGUUUUGGAGCUACGAAGAAGUGUAGUAAGAGUAGGUUGGGAAGUGUGAGUGACUAUUGUGUGCAUCACUGUGUUUGUCCGGUGAUUGUGGUUAGAUUUUCUGAUGAGAAAGAUGGCGGCAACGGCGUCGGUGAUGGAAUCAAUGAGCUUCAUCCAGUUGUGGAAGAGGAUGAGCAGGAGUAUCAUGAUGCUUCUGAUAAGCACUCAGCAGAUAUGGAGAAGGCUUCGUUACCAGAUGCGAGGUAGGGAAUUUUAAGGCAUUCAGAGUUGAAGGGUCUCGUUUGUGUGUUAACGGGCCGUGUGAAAGAGUCUGGUGGUACUGGCUACUGUCUUUUACAAUUGUGUGGGUGACUUUGAUAUUUAUGAUGUUUGGAUAAUGAACUGUCUUUGGUUUCUUCUCCGUGUUAUGUAAUUAUGUUGUACCCUUUUUGGUCCUCUUACCGGAAUUUUCUGUUGGAAACAGUUUCAGUGGUUUGCAACUGUAACAUUUAAUAUAUGAGAUGAGUAUAUAUUGGAACUGUG